AUGAAAGAAGCCGGGUUGGAAGAAGUCUUGGAAGAUCUGUCUAGCCGGUUCAUCUUGAACUUGCCUGAAGAGGAAUUGGCUAGCCCGGAGAGGAUCUGUUUUCAGGUCGAACAGGCACACUGGUUCUACGAAGAUUUCAUCCGGACGGACCGCCCCAACCUCCCCUCGUUCAACCUGAAAUCAUUCUCGUCCCUAUUCUUCCUCUCCUGCCCGCUCCUCUCUCACUGGCUCAACCCCGGCUCCUCGGACGAUGGCGAUGGCGAUAAUGGGUACAACUACGAACGUCUCUGGGAACGGUUUAUGAAAUACAAGAACCGGGUGCCCGUCUGCGGCGGCAUCUUACUUGAUUCGGCGUGUGAGAUGUGUGUUUUGGUAAAAGGGUGGAAGAGCGGGGCUUCUUGGGGGUUCCCUAAAGGGAAGAUUAAUGAUGAAGAGGAGAGGUGGGGGUGUGCUGUGAGGGAGGUCCACGAAGAGAUCGGGUACGACAUCACCCCUUUACUCAACCUGGACGACUUUAUCGAGGUGACGAUGAACGACCAGAAGAUGACGCUGUUCAUCGUGUGCGACGUACCGAGGGAUGCCAAGUUUGAGACGUUGACGAGGAAGGAGAUUAGCGCGAUCGAAUGGGUGAAAUUGUCCGACUUGCCGACGUGGAGACGUCAGAAACGUAAAGUCCCGGGGAAGAAGUUUUAUUCGGUCGCCCCUUUCGUUGCGUGA